AUGCGAGGAAACCACAUGAGAGCAUUGGCCAAACGAGCUUCGGCUUUGAUUUCUUCUUCUUCCACAACAGGUAGAGCUUCAUCAUCAUGUAUAAGAAUGUUCUCAACGAGUACGAGCUCAGUGAUGAAAAUCUAUGGAUCGAGUGAGAUGAGCCUCUUCAAUGCUGUUUCCUCUUCUUCUUCUUCAAGAAAUUCUUCAUCGAGAAAUAUAAGCAUUAGAAAUAUGGCAAACGGUGCGGCUUUCGGGCAAUUCACAGUUUUUGGAUCAAACGAUGAUGAUGGUUAG